CAUAACAAACCCCCGUGUUUCUGAUACAUAACCUGUUUUCAUAUCCAGGACGUACACUUUUAUAAUGGGAGCACUUUGGGAAUAAACUGAGGUGAUCUGUUCAGCAGAGCACAAUGACUUGCUCUACAUUGCUCCGACUCUGCAGUGGAGACCAUAAAGUUAUGCUCCCUGUAUGCUGGACCAUCACAGUUCGUUUGCUCUCAUCUGGUUUUCGUCCAAACCGCAAUCUGAGUAAAAGCUACCGCCUGCUGCAGCUGCCUGAGGACGGCACCUGCAGCCAUGCUGAAGUCAAAGAGGCCUACUUACGCAUGGCCAAACUCUACCACCCAGACUCUGGUGCUCCUACUGCUAAUGCUGCUUUGUUCUCCAACAUAGAAGAGGCUUACCGAGCUGUCCUGACCCAUCUGGCCCAGCAAGAAUCUAAAUCCCGGUACACUCAAAAAGAGGAGGAGGGUGAGGAGGAUGAGGAAAAGGUUAAAGGACAGACACCACAGCACAGACAGUACCUAAGCUACGAAGGCGUGGGCUUUGGAACACCGAGCCAGCGAGAGCGGCAGUAUCAGCAGUUCCGCAUGGACCAAGCUACAGAUGGAGUGUUGGAAUAUCGCUAUAAAAAGAUGGAGAAAGCAGCAGCAGAUGAAGGAGCCAUGGCGGUAAGGGACACGCGUCUGCGAAGCAAGAAGAUCCAGAUCACACAGGCUGUCGAGAGGCUAGUGGAGGACCUCAUCCAGGAGUCGAUGGCACGUGGUGAUUUCCACAACCUGACUGGUGCUGGCAAACCGCUUAGCAAGUUUGAGCACAACCCCUACGCUGACCCAAUGACCCACAACCUGAACCGUAUCCUUAUAGAUAAUGGCUACCAGCCUGAGUGGGUAGUGACCCAGAAGGAGAUUAGGGAGACAAUCGGGAAGUUACGUGACAGACUGCAGGAGGUCCGUGCCAGACUGGGCAGCCCAAUGAAACACUCAGAGCAGAUCCAGUGGAAAGAACACUGCGCUGCUUUUACCAGUGACCUGGCUAAGCUCAACAAGAAAGUAGAUGAUUUUAACUUGACCGUGCCCCUAAUGAGUUGGCAGAUGGUUCAUUUUAAUGUGAACAGGGAGAUGGAGAAGGUGCUCAGAGCUGACCAGGAACACAGAAUAGAGAAGGAGAAAGAGAGAAAGCAUAAGGAAGAGAGAGAGAAAGUGGAUAUGUCUCAGCAAAACAACAGAAAGGGAAUUAUUAUGUGGAUGCAGAGUCUGCUUAAAUAAAAUGACUUCUAAGAUUUGCAAAAAUUUGAUAGCAAAUGUAAUUACAAGUCUGAAUCACUGACCUGAUAGCAGUAAGCAUAUAUCAUGAUUAAAGCUGGGAUGUUUGCACUGUGUUUACACUUUGUUUUAACCAUUGCAGUUGCACAGUGGGACAGUGGUAGCCUAGUGGUUAAAGCUUUAGGCUAUCAACUGAACGGUUGAGUUUGAAUCCCAGCUCUGCAAUGCAGCCACUGUUGGGCAAGGCCCUUGACCCUGUUUGCUCCAGGGGCACCGUACAAUGACUGACCCUGUGCUCUGAUCCCAGCUUCCAAAAACAAGCUGGGAUAUGCAAAUAAAGUACUGUACAUCUGUAUAUGUAUAUAUGACAAAUAAAGGCAUUCUAUUUAAAAAAUUUAAUUAAAAUAUAUAUUAAGAAAUUACCAGUUAAUGGUUUGUUCGAUCUUUGUCUUCAUGGCACUUUUUCCGAUUCCCUAUUGCACUCCCGACCUGUGCUGCAUGCAAACAUCUCUUUCAUGUGUAUAGCUAUCAACCUACAGUAUUUCCCCCCCCGAAAGUCCUCAGCAUAUGGGGAGUAGGCUGUGCUUCCUGUAUUUCUUUGCCACUCGUGACUACUGGACUACUUUUUCCUAGACUUGGCUAGUUUUGGGCCUGUGA